UACAUGGUUUGAGAUGAUUUACGUUUCAAGAACACCGGAGUUUUCAAACUUUGGAAACAUGAAUAUGAUUUCUUAUGCUUCUCCUGAACAAGACCUAAACUCCAUAUCGACAGGCAGAAGACCAAGGUCUCAUUCCUAUAACAACAUAGUGGACAGUAAGAACUAUGGUUUGCAAGUACAGAAAGAGGAAACCACUGUAAGACCUCGCUCCAGGUCAUUUUACAGUUAUGAGACAUCAGAGCUGUACUGUGACUAUGGCACACGAAACGUUUCACACUCCUGUCCACUGAGGCAGAGAACAAGCUCACAGUUAAGAAAUCAAAUGUCCAAAAGGGAGGAUAAGAAUAAGAAUCGGUUGGGUGUUCCUGUCAAUCCAAAGAAGUCUAAACCAAAUAAGCUGUCACGAGAGAUCAGUGGCAGUAAAGGCAAUGCCAGGCCGGUAUCCAUGAUAACCAUCUCUGAGUUGGACAACUGGGAGAUUUGCUCCAGCUCUGGUAUGAAGUAUGGACAGUUUGUGGACUGGGAGAAGAUUGAUCCAGAACCUGCAAAGAAAUACCACGAGAUCCUGAAAAGCGAGUAUCAGCAGCUAAAAACUAUGGGCCGCGAGGGAUUCUGGGCCAUGCCACAUACGCUUAGGGCCAAAGCAUACUAUCAUAUCAUCCACAACAUUAACUCCAGGGCUGUUACCCCAGAAAGGGAUGUUUACUACGAUCUGACCAAGAAGCUUUUUGGGGACCAGAAAGUUAGCAAUCACCCAGUCCCGGAAUAUAUGGAGGAUGGGGAAAUACCAAGAUACUGUCUCAACAAAGCCGGCAUGAAUUCUGUUAAAAAGAUCCUUCUCUGCCUUGGGAAUUACUUCGCAGAUAUGAGCUACUGCCCCAUCCUUCCUGCCUUGGUCUCUCUCUUACUCCACUUCAGCGAGGAUGAGGCAGAGUGUUUCCACAGCGUGUCUCGACUCAUCUGCUAUAAGGACCCUAAUAAGCGCUACAUCGACCAGACCUUUCUUACCUACCAUGCUUCCUGUAUGACAUUCGGAGACCUUGCCAACAGGUGUUGCCGAGGCAUACGAAAGCUGAUUGCCAGCUCUCACCAAAACCUCUUUGAAUUUUACUCCGACUGGAUCAUGUGGAUUUUUGCAGACCUUCCAUUCACAUAUGCAAUAAGAGUUCUGGAUGUCUACCUAUUGGAAGGUUUCAAGGUUCUCUUCAGGGUUGCAUUAGCUUUGCUCGAUCUCUACAAAGUGUCAGUGUCUUCUCGAGUGGCAGACGUUGAAGACUUCAAAACAGACAUGAAGCGUUUUGUGCAAAGUGUAGCUCGCCACUGCACAGCUGAGCAGCUUCUGGAAAGAGCCUUCCAGAUUCCAAUUGCUACAAGAAAUGAGCUUAACCUUCUAUUCAAUGCAAAUAAGAAUGCCCUAAUGCAAAAAGGUGUCAGCACGCACCAAAAGAGACACAUGGUGGAAACCGUGGAUUUCAACAACUUCAGCUCCAGAGUUGCCACAGGGACAGAGAUGAGGGUCAUCUGGGCCUGGAUUCCUGAACGCUUUGCUCUUUUCAGCCCUGUUCUGUUGUUUCAUAUCGGAGAACAUGGAAGAGGUCUUUCUUCAUUGUAUUCACAUGUUGAAGGACAUGAGCCAGUAGUACUCAUUGUUAAAACAAUGGAUGAAGAGGUUUUCGGAGCUUUCUUGUCAACAGAUGUAAUAGAAAGACGGAUUCACAACUCUGAGGGACUUACAUAUUUUGGAACCGGGGAGUGUUUUGUUUUUACGCUCCGCCCCAGCAUGGAGCGCUACCAGCGGGCUAUGAUCAGAAUUAUGACCAGAAAAGCAUCUCAUCAGCAGCUCAGAGCUGGAAGUAGCUCUUCCUCUCAGUUGGUAAACAGUAGCAAGUCCCUGCUCACCACCAAAACUCUCAGCUGUCCGAAUAGGACUCCGCAGAACCCCACCUCCCUGACCGGUCCCCUCACUGCUACGUUAGAUAAUCCCAGAACAGCAAAAGAGGCCAGGAGACCAAAGGAGCAGGAUGCUUCCAAGUUCAUUGCCGGAGAUGACAGUCAGCUCAUCAUCGGUGGUGACGGGGGCUAUGCUCUCUGCUUGCUGGAUAACUUAGAGGAAGGAAACUCAGAACCUUGUGACACAUUCAGGAGCAACCCACUCUGCAAGGGAGAAUUCCAGAUCCAGUCUUUGGAAGUAUGGGGCAUUCAGAACUCUGCCUACCUAUCUCACAGCUUUCCUUCUCAUUAGAUGAACAAGAUAAGGGAUAAGAUAUGGGAACAACUGUGGACAACAGACUUUCUUUGUAAUUGCAUACAGACAACAACUCUUUCUUUUGAGUAAAUUCAAAAGCUUUAAUACCAGGUAACACAACCUGACCCUGGUUUAUAGGUCAUUUACUGAGACGGUUCUCUACUUUUAUACUUCAAGCUUUUCUUUGCGCAUUGGAAACAAAUUAAUGGUGCUCAGUCAGACCAGUAAGAUUAUUGGCUCUAACCAGCUAACACCAUAGAACUUAUAUACUUGGAUAUGGAAAGCUGUUCAGGUCACAGUGACACUCAUCCUCUUUGCUCAUUGGUUUAGUUAUUGCCAUCUGGUAAAAAACUAAAAAAUUCAUUAGCACAGAAAAAUGAUGUAAGAAAUCUUAGCUUUUUUACCAUGAAAUUACUGAAAAGCCUUUCUUUGUUCUAUUCUUUAUAUGAAAAAAUGGCUGUACACACAUGUAUAUACGGAUCCUACUAUUCUUUACUUUAUGUCCUCUAAAGUUUGUAUAUUUAUACUUAAUGUCUGUAUGCUGUGAGCGCUUAAAACUGAAGCCAAAUUCCUUGUUUUUGCACACAAUCUUGGCUGAUAAAGCCAAGCUGAAUAAGAAAUUUCUGAUUUAUAUACCACAAUCCACGGUUUGGGGGCAACAAUAGCAACGGCCUGUCAUCACUGACCAAUCUAUAAUGAAGAACACCCAGGAGGAGAUAUUUAAAUGAUCUAUGAGAAGAUCUGAAUUAUUUUAUGGGGCCAAUCCUUUAUGAACAGACAAGAGAAUUAAAAAAUAAAUUCUAAAUUUAAUUGGCACCCAGUGAUGAGACACUAACACAGCAGGGAUACUGGCUCUUUUUCUGGUACCAGAUUAAGGUCUGGCAGCAGACUUUGGCCUGCAGAGAUUUAUUUGACACUGUCAUAUAGAAAAAGUUUAAAGGAGCUAAAGGACUACUGUUUAAUUAAAGAUCUGAAGGGGAACAAAUAAACAUGCAAAUUAAUCUUCUAUCAUGUGGGCUCACUGUAACCACAAUGCAUUAUGGGAACCACUACAACUGUCUGGAUAUGAUGUGCAGUCUACGCUGAAGUUUAAUAAUAAUAAAUAAAACCAAAUCAAAACAUG